AUGGUGAAUGUGUUUACAGUGGUGAAGCCAUUGUUGCAAGGGCUGAUGAAGCUAGUUGGGAUGACACCCAAAUUAGUGGAGAUCGAACCAAGGACAUUAAUGAAUUUCUGGGUCCCAAAUGAAACGAUCCAAAGGAAUCAAAAUCAAAAUCAAAACCAUACUGCAUGGGAUAUUUUUUACAAUAAACCAUCUAGAAUCCUGCCACAUACCAAUCACAAAACCAACAAGCCUGCAGUGGUAUUCGUUCAUGGCUUCGUCGGAGACGGCAUUAUAACAUGGCUAUUCCAAGUAUUGGCUUUAACCGGCAGGUACGCAGUCUACGUGCCGGACCUCCUCUUCUUCGGCGGCUCCACCACCGACAGCCACCACCGGUCAACCACCUUCCAGGCAGAAUGUUUGGCCAAGGGUUUGAGGAAGCUAGGAGUGGAGAGUUGUACACUGAAGAUUGGGUUCUCACGGUGGUCGGAAUUUUUGUUGCCGGAGACCGUUGAGGGUGUGAAAGUUAUGCUUACAGUGGGUACUCACAGGGUGCCAUGGCUUCCUGAUUUUCUUUUCAGAAACUUCUGGAGGUGCUUACUCUUCCUUGCACCCUAG